ACUUUAAAAGCUAGAUUGGUCAGAAGUCUACUAGGAUUAAAGAUUUAAAGCUCAAGCCUUAAUUUAAGCUUAAGCUAAUCUUUCUAGUUAAAACCCUCAAACCCAAAACUUAUUACAAAUUCCAACGACCUUUUUCUCUCUCCCCCCCAACUCACUGCUCUAGUUCUCUACACCUUAACUUCUUCUUCAUGAUAUAAUUCUUUUAAAACCAAUCAAUACAAUAAAAAUAAAAAAUAAAAAAAACAAAAAAGGAAAAAAUAAGUGCCCAAAGGGCCAAAGUUUCAAUCUUUAUUUAAUUAUCCUCAAUUUUUUUUGUGGGAUUUAUUGAAUUGAUUUGAGUGAAAAAGAGUUGAUUGAAUUGGGUAUUUUUGUUUUCUGGGGUUUGAGAUCAAAUUUAACAAAGGGGGUUUAUAAAAAUCAUUGAAAAAUGUCAGGAAUUGCUCUAAUAUUAGAUCUGAUGAGGAAAAAUCCCAACUUUUAUUCAACACAUACUUUGCAUUCAGCUGGUUCAUUAUCUGCUAAAGCUGCAGUCUCUGGCGCUGCCGCUUCUGUUCUUGCCUCUUACCCUUUUGGGUUUAAGGCUUUUCUUGGAAGCAAUAACAGAAUUGCUUAUUGUGAUGCUGGUACAACAUGGGAUGUGGAUCACAUCACUGAGGCUUAUGAUGAGCAUGUUUCCAAGGAUAAUGACGCUUCUAGAUAUACUUUUGAGCCUGAAUCCCUAUCAUACUCUGGAAAAGUCUAUAACUAUGAACUAAAAUCACUUUUCUCAGCCUUUCAUCCAAGUACAUUUGCGCUUACAGCCUUGAGAUCAUUUUUAAUGUUUUAUUUACCACUUUUGGAGCCUCGUGCGGCAUUGGAGGAUGAUGAUGAAGAUUUCCUUGCUGAUAAUUCAGAAGAGAGGCAUGUAGACUUGAUUACUCCCUUCCACAAGGCAGUCAGGCAAACUUUUCGCGAGAGUACUGUCAUUACUACAAGGAGGGUGUUGGAAAGACUAGCCGUCUCUUAUUUCUCCCAACGGAUGGCAUGGAAGCUUAUCAAAGAUGCUUCUAAAUCUGCUGUGCGUAAGGCAGAGCGAGGACUGCCAAUAACUUCUUACAUGUGUGCUGUUACUAGAACAACUGCCAGAGCUCACUGUCUAGGAGUGGCAGCAUCUUGGAUUUUUCAAGUUGGAUACGAUGUAUACAAAACCAUCUUGCGUCUAUUUUGGUAUUCUAAGGAUGAUAUAGAAGAAGUUAAUACAACAGAGGAACUUCAGCUUCUUGGUCGGAAGAUAUAUGCUGUAUCCCUCAAAUGCACUGCGUCAUUGAUCUUUGCUGCCAUCGGGGCAGGCCUUGGUGCGUCAUUGACACGUGACAUACAUCCUAAAUCUGGUCAAUGGCUUGGUUGUGCUGCUGGAGAUAUGGCGGGUCCAGUAGUUGUAGCAUUGUGUUUCGACAAGCUUCUUUCUCCGGCAGUGUAGAUUUCUAUGGAUACUGCUCAUCUUGACACACUAUCUUAUGUGCCUUAGGACCAGAUUUUGUAUACUAGCAUUGCUUAAUUUUGCAGUAUAGCAGUCAUCAGCCUCAAGGUUAGUUGCUCUGAGGCUCCAGAACAUCAAUUCAUAACGGACUUCAACUCUAUCAAUUUCAGAUUUUUUUUUUUCUUCUCUUUUUCUCUUCUUAAUCUCCUGAAUAAAGACUUCUUUUCAAUAGAUCCUAACAGCUGCAGAGCCCUUUUCUUUCAUAUAAUGAUUUAUAGUCUAGAAAGUCAAAACUCAUUAGGGAGAUUUUCCUGAUAUUGUGCUCAUGUUGAUUGUAUCUGUAAUCAUAAAACCUUAGCAGCAGCAGCAACAUUCCUUUUGGUCAAUUAUUGUCUCGUUUUUGUGGUACGUUUCUAAUAUCAAGUUCAGCAAAACGGAAGUGCUUGGAAGUUUCCUA